UUUCAUCUGUCCCCAUCAUGCCAGGGCAGGGUGACCUUUGAGGAUGUGGCCGUGUACUUCUCCUUGGAGGAAUGGGAUCUACUUAAUGAGGCUCAGAGACAUCUAUACCACGAUGUGAUGCUGGAGAACUUGGCACUUGUAACCUCCUUGGGUUGUUGGCAUGGAUCCCAGAAUGAGAAGGCACCUUCUGAGCACUGUGAUUUUUUACAAGGAGUGUCACAGGUUUGGACUUCCAAGGCAGGUGUGUCUCCCCAGAAGGCCCAUCCUUGUGAGAUGUGUGGUGUGGACUUGAGAGACAUUUUGCACUUGACUGAGCACCAGGGAACACAUCAUGGGCAGAAACUCUGCAGGAUGGGGGCAUGUGAGAAACAGUUGUAUGUCAGUGCAGAAUUUCAGCAUCAUAAGCAGCACACGGGAGAGAAGUGCUUCAGAAGCAACAUGGGCAGAGCAUCAGUUGUAAAGGACUGCAAAUUGUGUGUGUCAGGGAAGCCCUUUUCCUGUGGGGAGGUUGUGAGGGACUUCCUAGCCAGCUCAGGAUUUCUCCAACAUCAGUCCACACGCACCAAGGAGAAGUCAAGCAGGAGAAUGGAGUGCGGGGCAGCUUCUCACAGGGGAAAAGCUGUAUAUAACUCUGGAGAAUACACGACAAACUUCAAUUGCAAACGCUCACUUGUUGAACACAAGAGAGUUUUCACCAGAGAAAGAUGCUACAUGUGCAGUGAAUGUGGAAAGUCUUACAGCAAAAGCUACAGCCUCAAUGACCAUUGGAGAGUUCACACUGGGGAAAAGCCUUAUGAGUGUGGAGAAUGUGGGAAGUCCUUUAGGCAAAGCUCUAGCCUCAUCCAACACCGAAGAGUUCACACUGGAGCAAGGCCUCAUGAGUGUGACUUAUGUGGAAAACUAUUUAGCAACAAGUCCAACCUCAUUAAACACCGAAGAAUUCACACUGGAGAAAGGCCUUAUGAGUGUAGUGAAUGUGGGAAGUCCUUCAGUGAAAGCUCUGCACUCCUUCAACACCGGAGUGUUCACACUGGGGAAAGGCCUUAUGAGUGCAGUGAAUGUGGGAAGUUUUUUACCUACCACUCCAGUCUCAUAAAACACCAGAGAGUUCACUCUGGAUCAAGGCCCUAUACAUGCAGUGAAUGUGGAAAAUCCUUUACCCAGAACUCCAGCCUCAUUGAACACCGCCGAGUUCACAGUGGAGAAAGGCCUUACAAGUGCGGCGAAUGUGGGAAAUCUUUUAGCCAAAGCUCUGCAUUUCUUCAGCAUCGGAGAGUUCACACUGGAGAAAGGCCUUACGAGUGCAGUGAAUGUGGAAAAUUCUUUACUUACAGCUCUAGUCUCUUAAAGCACCAGAGAGUUCACACUGGAUCAAGGCCUUAUGAGUGCAGUGAAUGUGGAAAAUCGUUUACUCAAAACUCUAGUCUCAUCAAACACAGGAGAAUCCACACUGGAGAAAGGCCUUACGAGUGUAGCGAAUGUGGGAAAUCUUUUAGCCAAAGCUCUGCGCUUCUUCAGCAUCGGAGAGUUCACACUGGAGAAAGGCCUUACGAGUGCAGUGAAUGUGGAAAAUCCUUUACUCAAAACUCUAGUUUCAUCAAACACAGGAGAAUCCACACUGAAGAAAGGCCUUAUGAGUGUAGCGAAUGUGGGAAAUCUUUUAGCCAUAGCUCGAGCCUCAUUAAACACCAGAGAAUUCACACUGGAUAAAGACCUUAGGAGUACUGGAAUGUGGGGAGUUAUUUACCUGCCACUCCAGGCUCCUAAAACACCAUAUCACAUUGGAUGAAAGCCUUGAGUGGCAGUGUGAGAAAUUAUUUACCAAAGUCUAGCCUUGUUAUCUUACAUCCAGAGAAUUCACAGUAGAGAAAGGUCUUGUAAGUGCAGUGAAUAAGAGACAGCGUUCAAUUGAAGGACUUGCCAUAUUGGAUACCACAGAUUUCAAAGGGAGAACUGCCUUAACUGCACAGGUAUAUACUAUAUCUCUGUUCAGUGAGCCGGCACUGGAGGAGAUUCUUUAUGAAGGUGCCAUUUGCCUGUAUUGAGCCUCAUACAUGUGAACAUCCACAUAAAUCCCAGGUAUGUGGGAACUGCAUUGCACUUUUUAACCUGUCCAGGGCCAUGGCCAGAUUUAUGUCACUGGCAGUUUGUAGCAGAAGCCAUUUCAUCUCUACCUCCUGGCUGGAGCCCAGGGUAUGCAAUGUUUAUCAAUCCCAAAAUGUUCAGGGAAAUAAACCCCAGUGUGCUCUCAUUAGCAGAAUGAUUCAUGAGUAGCCUGAGCACUUAAUCUUACCCAGUUUUUUCCUCUCUGAUGAAUUAGCGAGUGGGCCUUACCUCGUUUUAGCCUAGAGGACUCUGUUGGGCUUUUGAAAAGAUAGACUACAUUUUUCAGGGAUAUUGUUGGUCUCACAUGACUUCUGUGAUGGCAUUUUCCAGCCUCCACAUCACCAACCCAGGAAUUGUGCCUAACAUUGCUCUUGUUUGUAUGACAAUAAAGGUCUUAGUCUUGGGGGUUCUAGUCACUGUUCAGGUGCCUUGAAAUUCACUGGGGUUUGUUAGAAUGCAGGCGUGAACAGCUUUGUUUGGGAUCCCAAACUGUUUGCCUAAGAGUGUAUAUAUUGUAUGAUGGUAGAAUAUACCUCUUCAAUUUUGACCUAGUUUACAUUGCUGCUCAAAGCCUUUAAGGAAAGACUGCAGAGCUUUGGGGUCCUAUUGUGUAGCUUGGAUGCCAUGACUUUUGUAGGUUCAGAGUUCAGCCUGAGGAAGGGGUCCUUGUGACAGCCCUCAGUGCUUCUGAACAGCCCUUGUUCACAGAGGCUAUUGUAUUGUGCUCAGCACUGGUGACAGGACAUCUGUCCCACAGGUCCUGCAGUGGAGCCACGGGCCCUGAUGUCCUGAGUUCUCUGGGACAAUGUCACUGGUUUUAAGAUUAUGGGGUCCAGAAGAAUAGUCAUUGUUACAGAAAUAAUAGAUUAACAGAGUGGAGGAGACUGCUGCAAAACUGGUUAGCAUGCUCUUUUAUUUAUUUAAAAACUUUUUUUCUUUUUUUAAUAAAGAAUGCACCUCUUCUGAAAGGUCUACAGUGUUUAGUACCUAUGGCUGUGAAGGAUGAGUGGGUACAGACAUUCUCAGGCCCUCCAGAAACUAUGUAUCUUGUGUAGCUAAGGUCCUGUCAGAGAAAAAUCUAAAGGUUUUGUGGGUUUCUGUGGCCUCUCUGGGCUGUUUACCUAAGGUAACUGCUGUGCAGGAACACUAGACAGGAGACCUCAGUCCAGCGAUGUGGUCUUUGUGACCCAGUCAGCGUUCCUGUGAGUGAAGUGGAAACAGCCUUCAGUGCUCCCUUAUUUUUGCUGCCACUGAGGCAAGUGUCCCCCUCAUGAGGAGAGAGACUGUGGAGUCAUUUCAUUUGCCAGACCUGACUUUCUAACGGGUAAGAAAUCCAAACUUUAAUUUGAACCUAUUUUUAAAGUUUUAAUAAGGUAUAAACAACAUGCAGUAC